CUAGCAUCUCUCUAAAGCAAACCUUUUCAAAUUCCAGCGACUAUUUAGCUUAAAAAAACAAAGAGUGCUACCAGAUAUUGAAACACAUAAACAAAGACAUAAGUAUCGUAGCAUCCACGAUCUCCCCCUAUGAUUGCAUACAGCCAUACACGUUCUUACCACACUUCCCCUUUAUACACACACAUUAUUUUUGUCAAGUUAUAAGUUCCUCAUCUUUCCAGUUCCGUUACUCUUGGUUCCAAUUUGUCCAAAUGCCUUCUGGUACUGAGUCUGAGCUCUCUUCUCCUUCUUCUUCGUCCACACCUGGGUUGCCUGACACGUGUCCUCUUUCCGCUUGUCCAACUGUGCAGUUGGUCCCAAAAUCUACCUCUGAUCGACUUCUGCAGAAGUUCUUCGAUGCCACGGAGUUCGACUUUGAUUACGAGCAGAGCGGAUUGUGGUCUCCUCUGGUCCGGCGUACGGUGUUCCUGAGCUCUCAAGGAAAAAUCGUCACUGACCAAGAAAUGCUUGCCAGACUUUCAACCCUAAUGGAUGCUCCUUCUGCAAGACACGAUAAAGCUUGUUUUGGGGGAUGCUGGUGUUCUUGAAGGAUAUUUUGAAGCCAUCCUGACUUCAUUUAUGAGAAUUGCAGGUCAAGAAACCAAUUCAAAUCAAACAAGGAAGAAGAAACAGACAACCCCAUUUUUCACUAUUCUUUUACUUUAUCAUGUAAAUGUUCCUUUUUUACAACCAAAAAAGGAAAAGGAAAAAGAAUAUUUAGAGAAUACAAAUAUUUGGCAUCUAGCCUUUUUAUUCUUUGAGUUUUCUUUUUGUUUGUCUUUAAUUUCGUUUACAAAAUUAGAAAAUUCUGUAAUUUGCAUGUUAGUUGUUCAAUUAACCAUUGAUUCUAUAUA